CCGGCACUUUUCAAUAAAUCCGACAAGCGCUACAAAUCCAAGUUGGACAAAGAGGCAGCUUGGCGCACCAUAGGGAACGUUUUAAAUCAUAUGCCCGAAGCAUGUGAACAAAGGUGGAUUGUUAUGAGAAACAAGUACACAAAAAUAAAACGGGAAAUAAGAGCAAGCCCCUCAGGUUCCGCAGCAUCACAAUGUACUUGGCCCUAUUUUGAAAUGAUGGGGUUUUUAGAUCCAUUUUUAACCACUAGAAGAACUACUUCAAAUUAUCAAAUAUUUCCAAAACAAGAAAUAUCAGCCCAGAGUCCACCUUCUAGCCCUUUCAUUGCAUGGGAUACAAAUUCACAAGUAACGUCGGAUUCUACAUUCGAAUCCAACAGUAGGGUGCAAACACCCCUUUCUGCAACUUUGGAUAAUCAUGAAACUCCAUCAACAUCAAACAGUAGAACAAUGCCGAAGAAAAGGAAUGCACAAGAAGCCAUGAUUGACAAAAUGUCAACAUGUUUUGAUAAUUUUAAUAAAAGGGUUCAGUCAUCCCCUACACCAGACGAAGACCUGCAUUUUGCAAGAAGUUUGGCGCAGGAUAUGAAAAUUUUAACACCCUUACAAAAAAUUCAACUUAAAAGGACAAUUUACGAACUUUUAGAAAAUUUUGCAAACAAAAAUUUGUAAAUUUUAUUUUAUUUUGUGUGUAUCUUGCUAGUUAUAGAGACAAUUCAAAAAUCGUUUAAUGUUGUAAAUAUUGUAAUUUUUUUACAAUCCAAAACUUGAUCCAGACCUCAAAAUAUCAAAUUAAAAAAAAAGUAUGUUUCAAAACUACCUUUUUUAAAUUUGAUAUCUGGAUGAAGUUUUAAAAUGUAAAAAAAUUGUAGGGUAAACCACAUAGUUAUUGGACACUUAAAGAAUAUUAUUUAUUUAAAAUUUAUAUAUGCCGUUGUUUUACUUAAAAAUAAGAAUAUUUGAAUUUUUUAUAAUGGUUUUAUAAAAACAUGCAAAAAAGUUUAGUAAUUGGACAUAUUUUAUAGUAAUUGGACACAUGGACCAUAGUUAACUAAGUGUAAUAAUUAUUGGACAUAGAAUUUUUAUAUAAACAUACAACUUUACAUCAAAUAACAUAAAUUGUUAAAUAUGUUUUGAAGAUAAAUUGCUGUUUUAGGUAAUUUUUUUUAUUUCGUUUUUGUAAAUAUAUAAUUCAUAUAUUGCUUUCUCGGAUUCCUCAUUCCUUUUCUGGAUUCUGAAGGUAACUGCUAAUUCCUUGG